GGUUAUUCGGGUUGGCUUAUAUAGAGACAGUUGUCUCUGGAUGUUUACAAUAUCUUCGCACAUAAGACUGGACAAGCCUAUUUGGUUUCAUCUUCGCUACUCAUUCUAGGCUAAACAGCAACAAAUAUGGUCGCUCGCCCGCUUUUCGUUGUAGCUGGUGUAGGCGCCGGGCACGGGACAGGCGCUGCUUCCGCCCGCGUGUUUUCUAAGGCGGGGUAUCGCGUCGCUUUGAUCGCGCGGAACGCCGAUAGCUUGAACGAGUUUGCCAGUGAACUUAACUCUCAAGGCGGCGAGGUUGCUGCCUUUCCUAUCAAAGAGUACGGGUACAAGGAUAUCCACUCCGCUUUUGAGGCCAUCAAGAAACAAUGGCCUGAUUCUGAGAUCCGUGCAGCGCUCUGGAACGCAGGCUAUGGAGCUUGGAAACCAUUCCUGGAGCUCACGGAGGAAGAGGUCACAGAAUCAGUCAAGACAAACGUGACAGCGGCAUUUUCGUUUUCUCGCGAGGUCAUUCUCGCUUUCAAACAGCUCCCCUUGAAUGAGCUUGGGAAGCGUGGAACUCUGCUGUUUACCGGGGCAACGGCUUCGCUGAGAGGUAACACUACGACGUCUGGCUUCGCUGCUGGAAAGUUUGGAGAGCGCGCGUUGUCGCAGAGUUUAGCGAAGGAGUUUGGGAAGGACAACAUCCACGUUGCUCAUGCCAUAAUUGAUGGAGGUAUUCUCACCGAGCGUAGCCGAUCCCGACAUGGGGAGGAGUGGGAGUCCAAUCCCGACGUUAGACUGGACCCUGAGAGCAUCGCUAAGUCCUAUCUUUACCUCACGAAUCAGGAUAGGUCAGCAUGGACGUGGGAGCUUGAUCUCCGUCCUGCCCACGAGAAAUGGUAGACGCAAGGUUUGAAUGUCGGAUGUUGUGUAAACCCUUCUGUAAAGUACUGAAGCAUAGAUUAUGAAGAGCCUCGACAAUACAUU